AUGGUGAACAGAAAAUACAACUGGCAAACACCCAAUAGUGCACAAUCCACCGUGUACAGUUGUAUAUAUAAAUCUAAAGACACUAUCGCCUCCGACUCAAAUAUCGCAACGUUAAUGUCGCUUAGGACUCUUUUAUCACUUGAAUCAAAAGAACUAAAAAAUGAGCUUAACACUGAUGCGCCUUAA